AGGAAACAUGGAAUUUUUGUUUGCCAAAGACCCCAUGGCUGUAACGCAGAAGUUUAUUGAAAAACAUGGAGACAUCUUCAGCACGCAAGUGGGCAGCAUGUCAUUUGUGGUCGUAAAUGGGCUGCCACUGAUCAAGGAAGCCCUUGUGACCCAGGGAGAGAAUUUCAUGGAUCGCCCAGAAUUUCCUGCAAAUACAGAACUCUUCAACAAAUUCGGGCUGGUCUCCUCCAAUGGGCACCUGUGGAAGCAGCAGAGAAGGUUCACCUUGACCACCCUCCGAAACUUUGGCCUGGGGAAGAGGAGCCUGGAGGAGCGGAUCCAGGAGGAGUGCCGAUUCCUCACAGAUGCGUUCAGGGAUGAGCAGGGAAAUCCUUUCAACCCUCACCUUAAAAUCAACAAUGCUGUUUCAAACAUCAUCUGCUCCGUCACCUUUGGCAAUCGGUUUGAAUACCAUGAUGAGGACUUCCAAAGCUUGCUGCGGAUGAUGGGUGAGACUGUUACUCUCCAAGGGAAGAUAAUGAGCCAGCUGUACGUCUUUUUUCCGUCCAUAAUAAAAUACUUCCCUGGAUCCCACCAAACCAUUUUGAAAAAUGGGAGGCUCAUGAAGAGGUUUGUGUGUGAGAAGAUCAGCAAACAUAAGGAAGACCUGAACCCCUCAGAGAGCCGAGACUUCAUCGACAGCUACCUGCAGGAGAUGGCCAAGCCCAAUGGCAGUGAUUUCUGCGAGGAUUACUUGGUUGCGUGCACUCUCGACCUGUUUUUUGCUGGGACUGAAACAACCUCCACAACCAUCCGCUGGGCCCUGCUGUUUAUGGCCGUAUAUCCAGAAAUUCAAGCCCGUGUGCAAGCCGAGAUCGAUGCUGUCAUUGGGCAGUGCCGGCAGCCAGCCCUGGAGGACAGGAACAACAUGCCCUACACCAACGCCGUCAUCCAUGAAGUGCAGAGGAAAAGCAACAUCCUCCCUUUCAACGUGCCUAGAGAGGCAGUGAAGGACACAGUCCUGGCUGGUUUCCGGGUGCCCAAGGGCUCUGUUUUGAUUGCAAAUCUAUCCUCUGUGAUGUAUGACAAGAAGGAGUGGGAAACACCUCACAGUUUUAACCCCGGGCAUUUCCUGAAGGACGGUCAGUUCAGGAAAAGGGAGGCGUUUAUGCCAUUUUCAGUAGGGAAGCGCGCCUGCCUGGGUGAGCUGCUGGCCCGCGCCGAGCUCUUCCUCUUCUUCACGGCUCUGCUCCAGAAAUUCACCUUCCAGGCUCCCCCGGACACCAUCCUCGACCUCAAAUUCACACAGGGCAUGACCUUGGCCCCGCGGCCCUACAAGAUCUGUGCAGUGCCUCGGUAGGGAGCGCGGCUGCUGUUGUCAGAGGGAGAACUCUCAGCUUUGGCACAGAUGCACAGACUGAGCCUCUGUGUACCUCUCACCUUUGGCCUACUUGAAUUUCCCUGCUUCUUUAUUGCUUACUUAUUUACCUAUACUGCUUCAUGGGCAACAAUAAAUGUUUGCAGUCUUCCUUUU